AUGGGAAGAGGCCAGGGGGAACUAGAGACAGCUUCAGUGCGGGCGCGGGAGGGCAAGGGAGAAGAGGGUGGGAGAGGGGAGAGCGAGCAACGCUCUACUGUGGCCUCCAUGAUGCACAGGCAGGAGACCGUUGAGUGCCUCAAGAAAUUCAACGCCCGGAGAAAACUAAAGGGGGCCAUAUUGACCACCAUGCUGGUCACACGCAAUUUCUCUGUUGGUAGACAGUCCACAGCUGCUGCUGCAGUGACAGCUGCUGCCUCUGCUGCCACCACCACUUCAAGCCUGGUGGAACAAGUAGCGAAGAGUCUACUGAACAAGAAAGCUGAUGUGAAGCCCCAGACUAACAGCAACAAAGCCAACACAGUAAGCAGCCCCAAAGGAAACCAGUCCUCCCCAGCACUGGAGCCUCAAACCACCGUCAUUCAUAACCCCUUGGAUGGAAUGAAGGAAUCCACAGACAGCAGCAACACCACCAUCGAGGAUGAGGAUGUGAAAGGUAGGAGUCCGGAACUCACAAGCAGUGAUAUCACCCAGAUCUCAGCCACCAAGCUGACUGACAUUCUGAGCUGCACGAGGAGGGGCUCGGGACCCCUCCCAGACCCACCCCGACUCGCAGACCUGCUCUGCACUGUGCGUCAGGGUUCAGCCCCCCAGACCCAGACCAAUGAGAGCAUAAUCCUCACUCUCUCUCUCUGUAGUAGGAUCUGUGACCCUGGGCUGACCUCCUUCGAACCCGAGGCUCUGGGGAACCUGGUGGAGGGGAUGGACUUCCAUCGAUUCUACUUCGAGAACCUGCUCUCGAAGAACAGCAAGCCAAUCCACACCACGAUCCUGAAUCCUCACGUGCACCUGGUGGGCGACGAGGCUGCCUGCAUCGCCUACAUCCGGCUCACGCAGUUCGUGGACGGGGCGGGGCGGCCGCGCAGCAGCCAGUCCGAGGAGACGCGCGUGUGGCAGCGCCGGGACGGGAGGUGGCAGAACGUGCACUUCCACUGCUCCGGGGCGCCGGCCGCACCCCUGCAGUGAG